UCCUUCGAUUAUUUUAUAAUUCCCAUACUGCCCCUUCUCUUUCGCUCGUUCGCUCCCUCUCUCGUCUCUCCCUCUCUCUUCCUAAGGAAGAGGGGGAUUUCGGUGGCGCAGAUCCAGGUUUUGGAUUCGAGUUUUUGGAAUCACUUCCUGGUAAUCUCUCGAUUCCUUCCGUUUUACAGGAUUUCGGUUGUUCUUGUUCUUCAGUCUAGGGUUUGGCGGUGGAGGCCGCUUUCGUGACGGUGUCCUUAGGGUUUGGUUUCCUGGUGGCGGUUUGGAUCUUCGUUGGAAGGUUCUUUCGGCGGAAUUAGCAGGUGGGAAUUGUAUUGUAGGUGUUUUUGGCGCUUCGGGCGAGUUGUAUUCGAUUUCUCUGCGGUGUUGGAAUUUCGUGGUAUGAACGGUAUUGAUGUUUCUGAUAUGGUUCAGCUUACGAUUCUUUCAUGGCGUCGUCGGUUUUCAUAGGGGGGAAUGGUGGAAGGUGCAGGGAAUCGUGGGAGUUGCGGGCGGAUUGGGGCAUCACGAUGGGUAAAUCGCGGAAGCCGUUGAGAGGUUACUUGUCGACCUUCGUCCCGGAUUAUAGGCUUGAAACGACGGGCGAAUCUGAUGGCGCUGCUGGAGUUCGCAACAAUGGUGGCCAUUCCGACAGUGGGGGGUUCGGAAGCUCCGGUAGGAUUGAUGCCGAAUUGACGGCUUCGGAGGACUCGUGUGGGCCGGUCAGGAAGUCCAUAAGUUUAAACAUGAAUACCUCCGAUGCUUUCGGCAUCCCUCUGCAAGUUUUGUCGAUCUCGAAAAUGUCGAGAGUAGAGCGGAGGGAGCUGGAGAAGAAGCUUAGGAUGGAGCUAGAGCGGGUUCGAGGCCUCCAGAGGAAGAUAGCUUCACUGAGCUUGAACGGGGUAGCGUUAUCAUCCUCUAGCGACGUCCGUAGUUGGAAAUCUAGUGUGGAAAAAACCGCAGUUGCUCCCUCAGUUAGUGCCAAUGGUAAAGGAAAACCGAACAAGAAGAUUUCUCCUGUAGCUUCGCAAGAACCGUCAUCAGGGAAAGCGGGCCCAGGUCGUGCCUCUGCUGGAAAGAAUGGGGGAGGGUUGAAGCGUGGGCCAUCUGGGAGAUUCGAAUCGUUGAAUGCUGAUGCUAAGAAGGCGAAGUACGAUGAUUUUUCGGUGAUGAAGCAGUGUGAAAAUUUGCUUAAGCGUCUGAUGUCACAUCAGUUUGGCUGGGUAUUUAAUACUCCGGUGGAUGUUGUUAAGCUAAAUCUUCCAGACUAUUUUCACAUCAUCAAGCAUCCGAUGGAUCUAGGAACAAUUAAGACAGCCCUUGCUUCCGGGCGAUAUGCAAGUCCUCAUGCAUUUGCAGCGGAUGUUAGGCUUACAUUCUCCAAUGCAAUGACAUACAACCCACCUGGUAAUGAUGUUCAUUUCAUGGCGGACACUCUCAACAAGUUUUUUGAGGUGAGGUGGAAAGCCAUUCAAAAGAAGAUAUCCACCAAAAAUACUCAGACAUGCAUAAACCAGGCUGCUGCUGAGGUAGUUACCUCGGAACCGGUUGGCUUGGAGAAAAUGAAUCGGCAGAUGGAAGGGGAUAGAUUGUCACAAAAGAAGAAGAAAAUCUAUGAGGUGAAAGAUAAGGUCGAAACAGAAAGCAACAAGCGUGUUAUGACUGAUGAAGAGAAGCAGAAGCUUAGCACAGAUUUGGAAAAUUUGACCGGCGAUAUGCUGGAGCGAGUGGUUGAUUUAUUAAGGAAACAUAGUCAAAACAUGAAUCAGGGCAAUGAGGAUGAAAUAGAGAUUGAUAUUGAUUCUCUGAGUGAUGAUGUUUUGUUUACAUUGCGUAAGCUUUUGGAUGGUUAUCUGAAGGAGAAACAACAAGUGCAUCCUCAGAAUAAGGCGGAGCAGCAUGAUGUUGAACCCAUUGUGGAGAUUGUAAAUGAGUCUGGGCAUAGCCGUUCUUUGGUACAACCCUCCAAAGGAAAUGAACCUGCGGAAGAGGAUGUGGAUAUUGGUGGAAAUGAUCUUCCUGUUUCAAGCUACCCUCCUGUUGAAAUUGAAAAGGACAUGGUGCCACGUAAUAGCAAGUGUAGUAGCCCUAGCAGCUCCAGCAGUGAAUCUGGAUCUUCCAGUGAUUUGGAUUCUGGAAGUUCUUCGGGAAGUGAAUCAGAUGGAGCCAAAGCUGUAUCCCCUGCAAUAGCUGUUAAGGAAACAAUACGUUCUGGGCCAUCUUUGGAUGAGACAGGAAGUGGAAAACCUCCAACUGAUGACGAAAGUCGUCCUGUUAGUGAAUUGGGGGAACUUGAGCAAUAUUCACAAUCUAAGGCUGUCUCAAGUGGAGCUGACAGUCACCAUCAGGGGGAGAAUCUUCCUCCUGCAAGACAGGUCUCCCCGAAAAAGCUUUAUCGAGCAGCUCUGUUGAGGAGCCGUUUCGCUGACACAAUUCUUAAAGCUCGUGAGAAGGCAUUGGACCAGGGUGAGAAGGGAGACCCAGAGAAAUUGCAACGUGAGCGAGAAGAGCUUGAAAGGCAACAACGGGAAGAAAAGGCUCGUAUACAGGCAGAAGCAAAAGCUGCAGAGCAUGCCCAAAGACAGGCUGAGGCUGUUGCUGCUGCUGAACUUAAGAAAAAAAGGGAGCUAGAGCGUGAGGCUGCACGACUUGCCUUACAAAAGAUGGAGAAGACUGUUGAGAUUGAUGAGAACUGCCAGUUACUCAAAGAUUUGGAAAUGCUCCAGUCUGCCUCUUUGCCAGAGCAUUUACCAAGCUCUGUUGAUGAAACUAGUCCCGAGCACUGCGAAGACAAUAUGGCUGCAGCGUUCAUGCUUGGUGGAAGUAACCCUCUUGAGCAACUUGGGUUAUUCAGGAAAGAUGAUGAUGAUGAGGAGGAUGAUGGUCCGCCUGAUGUUACUGGCGAUGUUGAAGAAGGAGAAAUUGACUGAAGGGGACCGCCAUAGCUUGGUUCUUUUUCAUUUCUGGGGCUUCUAGUGAUGUUUCAGGCGCAUGCAUCGUCUUCAAAAGACAAAAAGUGCUGUCGCGGAAAAAGAUGGAGAAGAGCCAAGCUCCUGGUGUAUCAUGCAACACUGAUUUUCUCACAUUGGCAGGAGAUUUUCCUUCGCACUUGUCUCUGGAAAAGAAUAAUUAGGAGAAUGGAGAGUCUUGGGCAGUUUCUUGAAGCUGGGAGUUGUGUAGAUACAAUUUUGUAUCCCAGAACUGUUGCAAGUUUCUCCAGAGCAUGUAACUAUCAUCUCUUUGCUGAAGCACAUUGGCAUUGAAAUUUCUGCCACGGAGUCCUGGUGCUCAUCUUUGGUUAAUUGUCUAGCGCAUUUACAUUUUUGGUACAAUACCAUGAAAGUGAGGGGGAUUUUUGUUUGCAACAUCGAAAAGUCGAAAACUGCCGCAUUUGGCGGCUGAAAUUUUCUGGAUAUACCAAGGUAAAGAAGCCAGAAGAUGAAAAAGGACUUGAUGUGGUCGUCUUCCACGUUACCAACCUGUUGGAGGAAGAGAUUGAGGUGUAAAGCUUAUGUUUUUUUGGUUUUUCACUAUUGUCUCGUGCCUCCAUCUUAUUGUAAGUUAGCAUUUGUGCAGUAAUAUGAAUGCAUCUAAUGCAGCCUAAUUCUUUUAGUGAAA